GGGAGGAGUGGGAGAGGAGGAGGGUGGAGAUGGAGAGGGGGAGACAGGGGGGUCAUUUUGAAGAAACUGGACAGCCGUACCCGUACCCUCCACAAUAUUUUUACCUCAAGGGACAUCCAGGUGAGAAUGGAACUCCGGGACGAAAGGGGGAAAUUGGUGAAAAUGGACAAAAGGGAGAGCCAGGCAUUGGCCACAGAGGUCCAGAAGGCCAGGCUGGUCCUCCAGGACGGAAGGGUGAACCAGGCGAGCCGGGGCUUCCGGGUGCUCAGGGCAUCCAGGGUAUUCUUGGUAACACUGGCGUGCAGGGAGCCCCUGGACUUAGGGGGCCCCCGGGGGACCCAGGAGAACCGGGCAGGGAGGGGGACCGGGGAAGAAGGGGGAAGAAUGGAUCACCAGGAACUCCUGGACCUCGAGGAGCAGCAGGGCCUCACGGUCCUCUUGGUGAGCCUGGAGUUAAAGGAGAAAAGGGUUACAGUGCUCCUGGGGAGCCUGGUGCCAGAGGUUUGCCCGGCUUUGCAGGCAGAAGGGGUGAGAAAGGCACUCAGGGAAUUAAAGGAGCUCCUGGGAAUUUAGGUUCAAAAGGCUGGCAUGGUGCCAAAGGUGAAAAGGGUGAUCAUGGGUUUCCUGGAGUAAGGGGAGAAAGGGGGAGUAUGCUUCAAAUCCAAGGACCCCGUGGAUCUAAAGGUUCCAAAGGAGUUCCUGGUGAGCGAGGCGCACCAGGUUUUGAUGGCGAUAAAGGAGAAAAGGGCGAGGAUGGUCCUCCUGGAGUCAAGGGCAUAAAAGGCGAUGCAGGGACUAAGGGGGCAUUGGGGCGCUUUGGAGUACGAGGACCAGUUGGCCAGAAGGGAGAUCCAGGAGAGCCAGGACUUGAUGGCGUGAUGGGUCGCAGUGGAGAUCAUGGAGACGAUGGGGCCAAGGGGGACAACGGAGACAAAGGACUGCAGGGCCUUAAGGGCAAUCAGGGCGAUCGGGGAGAACCGGGCUUACCGGGAGACCGAGGGGAGAAGGGAGAAAAGGGUUUCAGAGGUCUGCCUGGACGCACUGGGAGUCCAGGCCUGUAUGGAGAAAAAGGAGAUAUGGGGUUACACGGAACCAAUGGUAUACCGGGGCUGAAUGGCCUCACAGGGCGCAAGGGCGAUAAGGGACAGGGAGGCAUCAACGGUGUUGAUGGUGCUCCUGGAGUGAAAGGACACAAGGGUGAAGCCGGCUUUCCAGGUUUUCCAGGGUUUAAAGGGUCUCCAGGGAAUACAGGAAGAGUUGGAGAUAAGGGACCACCAGCAUCUCCAGGACCCCAAGGGGUCAGAGGACCUAAGGGGGACAAGGGCAGGAGGGGCCGAUCGAAACCAUGUCAGAGGGGAGGACCUGGGAUUCCGGGACUACGAGGAGAAAUUGGCACAAUGGGUACUGAAGGAGGAAAGGGGGACAAGGGGGAGCCUGGACUCUCAGCUGAAGAAGUGAAGCAGCUAGUCACCCAGCAGGUGGUAGAAAAGUGUGGGUUGGAAUACAAGUUCAUGGUAAAGUCUGUGGAUCCGGAUGGAACAACGGCAGUGAUUGAGAAUAAAAAAGAGCAGAAGGAUGCCGUGAUAUCCCUCAACCCUGACCGCCAUAAAGCAGGAAUGUUGGAGGAAGAAGGUGAAGAAGUAGAAGAAUAUGGAGACCAGCUGGAAGAAAAGACCAGUCCUGCCCCUGGGAUUCUACCGAACAGCACUGAUUUGCUUGAGGGAGGGACAGCGGAUUGGGGACAGAGGAAGAAAAGAGGGGUGUUUGGAACCAAUGCUGCUGCAGAAGACCGCUGCCUGGAGCCAAUGUCCGAGGGGGCCUGUUCGGAAUAUGUUCUUCUCUGGUACUUCCACCCUCGCUCCGGGGAAUGCAGGCCGUUUGUGUACAGCGGCUGUGGGGGGAACAGAAACCAAUUCUCCUCAAGACAAGAAUGCCAUAGUUGGUGUGGGAUGGAGAGCAGAGGUACUGAGCCCUGGAGAGGAAACUAGCAAUCCAUAUCAAGAAAUCUACUUUUGUACAUAACUGUUUGUGUAUUGGAUUUAUUUAUAAACUUCAACAUAUCAUGAAUUUGUUUUAUAGACAAAUUGUGUUGAAAUUCAAAUGUGAAUAUUGUCAUUUGUAUACAUGCCUCUAAAAAUGGACUGUGUCAAAGUGGUCGAUGUCUAACACUGAAACAUUAAAUCCAUCUUUUUUUUUGUGAA